CGCCCCCGGGCCGGGCGGGCACCUCAGCCAUGGCCCUGCGCAAGGAGCUGCUUAAGUCCAUCUGGUACGCUUUCACCGCACUGGACGUGGAGAAGAGCGGCAAGGUCUCCAAGUCCCAGCUCAAGGUGCUGUCCCACAACCUGUACACGGUCCUGCACAUCCCCCACGACCCUGUGGCUCUGGAGGAGCACUUCCGAGACGACGAUGAUGGCCCCGUGUCCAGCCAGGGAUACAUGCCCUACCUCAACAAGUACAUCCUGGACAAGGUGGAGGAGGGGGCUUUUGUUAAGGAGCACUUUGAUGAGCUGUGUUGGACGCUGACGGCCAAGAAGAACUAUCGGGUAGACAGCAACGGGAACAGCAUGCUCUCCAAUGAGGAUGCCUUCCGCCUCUGGUGCCUCUUCAACUUCCUGUCUGAAGACAAGUACCCUCUGAUCAUGGUUCCUGAUGAGGUGGAAUACCUACUGAAGAAGGUGCUCAGCAGCAUGAGCUUGGAGGUGGGCUUGGGAGAGCUGGAGGAGCUGCUGGCCCAGGAAGCCCAGGCAGCCCAGACCAGCGGAGGGCUCAGCGUCUGGCAGUUCCUGGAGCUCUUCAACUCGGGGCGCUGCCUUCGAGGUGUGGGGCGGGACACUCUCAGCAUGGCCAUCCACGAGGUCUACCAGGAGCUCAUCCAAGAUGUCCUGAAGCAGGGCUACCUGUGGAAGCGAGGGCACCUGAGGAGGAACUGGACAGAACGCUGGUUCCAGCUGCAGCCCAGCUGCCUCUGCUAUUUUGGGAGCGAAGAGUGCAAGGAGAAACGGGGUACCAUCCCACUGGACGCACAGUGCUGCGUGGAGGUGCUGCCCGACCGAGAGGGGAAGCGCUGCAUGUUCUGUGUGAAGACGGCCUCCCGCACGUACGAGAUGAGCGCCUCAGACACGCGCCAGCGCCAGGAAUGGACAGCUGCCAUCCAGACCGCGAUCCGGCUGCAGGCGGAGGGGAAGACGUCGUUGCACAAGGACCUGAAGCAGAAGCGGCGCGAGCAGCGGGAGCAGCGGGAGCGGCGCCGGGCAGCCAAGGAGGAAGAGCUGCUGCGGCUCCAGCAGCUGCAGGAGGAGAAGGAGCGGAAGCUGCAGGAGCUGGAGCUGCUGCAGGAGGCGCAGCGCCAGGCCGAGCGCCUGUUGCAGGAGGAGGAGGAGCGCCGCCGCAGCCAGCACCGCGAGCUGCAGCAGGCGCUCGAGGGCCAGCUGCGGGAGGCGGAGCAGGCCCGGGCCUCCAUGCAGGCCGAGAUGGAACUGAAGAAGGAGGAGGCUGCCCGGCAGCGGCAGCGCAUCCAAGAGCUGGAGGAGAUGCAGCAGAGGCUUCAGGAGGCCCUGCAACUGGAGGUGAAAGCGCGGCGGGAUGAGGAGGCCGUGCGCCUGGCGCAGACCAGACUGCUGGAGGAGGAGGAGGACAAGCUGAAGCAGCUGCUGCAGCUGAAGGAGGAGCAGGAGCGCUACAUCGAGCGCGCGCAGCAGGAGAAGCAAGAGCUGCAGCAGGAGAUGGCGCUGCAGAGCCGCUCCCUGCAGCGAGCCCAGCAGCAGCUGGAGGAGGUGCGGCAGAACCGGCAGAGGGCCGACGAGGACGUGGAGGCUGCCCAGAAGAAGCUGCGCCAGGCCAGCACCAACGUGAAACACUGGAAUGUUCAGAUGAAUCGGCUCAUGCAUCCAAUUGAGCCCGGAGACAAGCGUCCCACCACCAGCAGCUCCUUCACAGGCUUCCAGCCCCUUCCACUUGCCCGACGUGACUCCUCCCUAAAGCGCCUGACCCGCUGGGGAUCCCAGGGCAACAGGACCCCCUCACCCAGCAGCAGUGAGCAGCAGCUGAAGUCCCUCAAUGGUGGGGAGGAGGCUCCCAUCUCGGCUUCCACCCCUCAGGAAGAUAAACUGGACCCAUCACCGGAAAAUUAGCGUCUGCUACCCCCUCCCCACCCCCAACCUCAUACCCAUGAGAACCUGGCCACAGCUGGCCUGUGGGUGAUGCCAUUCGCUGCAGAAGAGGGAGCUGAGGACCUGGUGCCAGGAGCCCAGGCCCUCCCACCAUGAAACAGUCCAGAAUGGAGCCUAGUUUAUUUUUGGCACCAGCCCCAGGCCCCUGACCACGGAGGCUGUCUGGUUGUUGAUCCUUGAGAACUUGAUCCUGUGCCUUAACCCCAAGGACCCCAUGCCCUGGGAUGGAAAAGAGAGGAAGCAAGCAAGCAAGCCAACGGCAUGUGCCCUCAGACUGCCACCAAGCUGUAGAGGCACAUUUCUAAAUAAAAACUGCCCUUGGAAUGAAUCCUUGA